CACAAGUUCAAAUUCAAAAUGUGGUCAACGAAUUUAUUUUUUGUUUUAUUAACUUACUUUCAUUUAAAUUUACUCUACGUCGUUGUUAGCAGCGUGGAUGCACCCUUCAUUCACAUACCCGGAAAUGGAUUUAUAUCGGGCACCUAUCUUAAAAUGUUCCGUACUCAAAACAUUAAAGCAUAUUUGGGUAUACGGUAUGCACACGCAGCAAGAUUCUCACCUCCCGAUGUGGAGCUGCCACCAUGGAAGGGCAUCUUUAACGCAACAUCUUUCGCUCCAAGUUGUUGGCAAGCACCCCAAGCGGCAUCAGAGAGCCCACAAUUGGAUAAGGUUUUGGAAAUCAUUUCGGGGGGCAUGUCAAGUGAAGCUAGCGAAAGGAAAUACGACGAAAAUUGCUUAAACUUAAAUGUAUUUGUACCUGACGGACUACCUGAAGUUGACGGAUAUGCAGUGAUUGUAUGGAUCCAUUCCGGAAAUUUCUCAGCUGGCAGUCCUUACGAUAUUGAGCCCUUCCAAAUGGUGUUCAAGCAAAAAGUGAUCGUGGUUACCUUUUCGUAUCGUCUCAAUAUUUUUGGAUUUUUUUCCACCGAUGACGGCGAAGCGCAGGGUAAUUAUGGAUUAAUGGACCAAUCAGCUGCACUCUACUGGGUGAAAAAGAAUAUUAAUUAUUUUGGGGGUGACGAGAAUCGCAUCACCUUGAUGGGCCACGAUGCGGGUGCAGUAAGUGCAGCAUUGCAUAUGACAUCGGGGGAAUGGUCAAAGGGUGCAUUUCAUAAAGUGAUUAUAAUGUCUGGAAAUCCUUUAACCUAUGUGCGAAUGCCACAUGAAUACAACGCUGAUUUGGAUAGGAUAGCAAUCAUUUUUGGAUGUGCUCGUCGACCAACGUCAAUGCUAGUACAAUGCUUGCGACGCGUUGAUCCAAAGAUUAUUACCGAAAAUCUGCCACUUGUGAAUUGGGGUCCAAUUGUUGAUUACGGCUUAAGUAACACAUCGUAUCCUUUUAUCGAAAAUCAACCAGAAAUACUUUUUAGAAAUGGUGCAUUUCAUAAUGUGCCCGUAAUUAUUGGCAUUACCGAUAUGGAGGAAGUUCUAACCAUAUUUAAGGACUAUAUAUCUUCUGAGUUGACGGCCGAUGAUCUCUCCAACUUCUUUAAUGAUAUGGCCAUGGGUGAUAUACAGAAAACAACGGGUAGCAAUGAAUGGUGCAUGAACUUCCCACUCAUUGCGGAUGCGAUUGCUUUUAUGUAUUCCGGACAAACUAGUGACGAAAAACUAACAGUAAACACAAAUGUAAUCAAUGCACAUACUGAAAAAUUCUACAUAACUCCAAUCCAAAUGUUCAUCGAUAUAUUGAGUAAACAUCAGACCAUUUACACUUAUAACUUUAAGUUUCGAUCGCCAUCGUUAAUCGUGGAUCUUCCAAGUUGGGUUGGCGUACCAAAAUAUUUUGACCAGAUUUUCGUUUGGGGUAUACCAUAUAUGAACAAUGUCGUCGAGUGGAAAUCAACGGAUAAGAAAAUCGCAGAUAUUGUCAUGACUCUGUGGGCGAAUUUCGCUAAAACAUCGAAUCCAACAAAAUCCAAUGUCUACAUUAAGUGGAAUACGGUUGAGCCGCCUAAAUAUUCUGUCCUCCUUAUCGAUGAGAAUUUUAACUCGGAAUAUCUUUCGAAUAAUCAUCGAGUGAUGUUUUGGAAUAACCUAUAUCCGAAACUUUUACAAUUUGCUUCCGAGUGUUGCAAUUCCACAAUUUCAGCAGCAACAUAUCCAAUCACACCCACAAUAUUUUUAUAUAUAAGCAUGUUAUUUAUAUGCAUACAAAUAUAAAUAAUUACUAUUUGCAUAUCAUACAAUUUAUAAAAACGUUUAUAUAUUACACGAGAGUUUAUUAAAUAUAUAUUGACAUUAUCUACG